AUGGUGUUGAAAAAAGCCAACACCUUCGGUGGCAUAAGCAUACCGAAGAAGAAAAGAACAAGUCUGAGGAGGGGGAGGACCAUGCUAACUUCCUUUCCAUGUUCUUUUCAUGAUUCCAUCCCACUCCAUCAGAUACCAAGGAAGAAAAGGUCCAAUCUGAGGAGGACUAAAAGGGCUUUCUUGCCAGAUUUUUCUCAUGAUUCCACCGUCCAAGUUAUAAAAAAGGCUAUGCAAGAAUUAGAAAGGGUUUUGGCAGAGAAGGGUACUGUUGACUUCACACUCUUCCCACACAACGACAUUUGCAUACCCAAGAAGAAAGCUGCCGAAGUGAAUGCAAUGAAGCUCUGCUCAUUCCGGCUUAACUCCCCUUCCUGUUCAAGUACUUCUUGCAUCAGCCAGGACUGUUAG